GUGAUUAGCUCCUGUCUACCAACCAUGAGCUCCCAAAUCCGUCAGAAUUAUUCCACUGAUGUGGAGGACUCUGUCAACCGCCUGGUCAACCUGCAUCUGCAGGCCUCCUACACCUACCUCUCUCUGGUCUUCUAUUUCGACCAUGAUGAUGUGGCCCUGAAGGGCAUGGACCACUUCUUCCAAGAGUUGGUGAAGGAGAAGCACCAGGGGGUGGAGCAUCUCUUAAAGAUGCAAAACCAGCGUGGUGGCCACACACUCUUCCAGAACUUGCAGAAGCUGUCCCAAGAUGAGUGGAGUAAUAUCCUGGAAGCCAUGGAAGUCACCCUGGUCUUGGAGAAGAGCCUGAACCAGGCCCUAUUGGAUCAGCAUGCCCUAAGUUCUGUUAACACAGACCCUCAGCUCUGCGAUUUCCUGAAGAACCAUUCCCUAGAGGAGGAGGUGAAACUCAUCCAGAAGAUGGGCAACCACCUGACCAAUCUCUGCAGGCCAGGCUAG